AUGUUUAAAAUCCAGUUUCUUUUUCGUCCUUGUUUAGUUAAUAAUCACCAUCAAACUAAUAUAUCCAGACUAAUACAUUUUAAUUCAUUACAUACGAUAACUAAAUCAACCCCACUAUCAUCGAAAUUAAUCAUUGGGAAAGCUCAAUUAUCUUUAUCAACAACACCAGAAAAAGCACAACCGAAAAUGGCAUUAACGGUUCAAUCAUGUACUCAAUUACCUACGGGGAAAUUACCUGAAUAUAUCAAAUCUUCCAAAAGUCGAUUAUACAACAUUGUAUGGCUGUCAUCAUCUCCACCAACAAAUAUAUACAUUGCGAAAAAACCUGGUGAUGCCAGUGUUCGUGAAGCCAUGAUUGAAUUUAUAAAUCAUUUACAUCAACAAUAUCCAUCAAUUAAUGUUAUUGUCAAUCAAGAAGUAGCUGAUGAAUUAAUGCAUGAAUUGAAAACGACAACCACCAUUAAACAAAAUAGUAGUAGUAGUAUUAGUAGUAGUACUAGUGUUAGUGGUAAAUCGAUUCAAGAAUUAAUGGAUCCAUUAACUGAUCAUGUUAUUUAUACUGGUAAAAAUGAAGAUAUUGUUGAUAAAACCGAAUUGAUGAUUACAUUAGGUGGAGAUGGGACAAUUUUACAUGGAGUUAGUUUAUUUCUGAAUGUUGUUGUUCCACCAAUAUUAUCAUUUGCUAUGGGUACAUUAGGAUUUUUAUUACCAUUUGAUUUUAAAAAUUAUAAACAAACAUUUCGAGAAGUUUAUGAAGGUAGAAGUAAAGCAUUACAUAGAAAUCGAUUGGAAUGUCAUGUCAUCAGAAAACAAAUAGUUAAAACUUUGGAUGAUGGAGAAAGAGCUAAUAAAAAAUUGAAAACUAAUGGGGAAAAAAGUAUAUCAAAGCUUAAAGAAGAACAAUCUUCAAGUAGUAAUGGUUCUAGAAAAAUUAAAGAAAUGAUUCAUGCUAUGAAUGAUGUCACUAUUCAUCGUGGGAGUUCACCAAAUUUGACAUCAUUAGAUAUUUAUAUUGAUAAUGAAUUUUUCACUACCACUUUUGCUGAUGGAGUUAUAUUUGCAACACCAACUGGAUCAACGGCGUAUUCAUUAUCAUCAGGGGGAUCAAUAACUCAUCCUUCUGUCCCUUGUGUUUUAUUAACUCCAAUUUGUCCGCGGUCUUUAUCAUUUAGACCAUUAAUCUUGCCUAGUCUGUCAGAUAUAAUGAUUAGAUUGUCUGAAAGUAAUAGAAAUCAAAGAAUUGAAUUAACCAUAGAUGGUAUAACUCAACCUGAUCUUCAUCCUGGCGAUGAAGUACAUAUCACGUCGGAAGUAGCUAUUACUUCAGGUGGUCAGUCUUUAUUGUCUAGUACUGGUGGUGGUAACAAAACUACUAGCACCAGUACCAGUGCCGGUACUAGCAGCGGCAGCAGCGGCAGCAGUACCAGUAGUAGCCCUAGUGGUAGUGGAAACAACACUAGUGGUAGUUAUGGUGACAAAAAUGGAAUUUGGUGUGUUGCCACUAAUCAAAACCAAUGGUCAAAAGAUUUGAAUAGUUUAUUGGGAUUCAAUAGUUCGUUCAGAGAUCAAAAGGGGAAACGAUUACAUCUAUAG